UCAAUAUUGUGAUGUCACAAUGGCAAGUGAAAUGUCAUUAAAAAACUGAUAAAUAGAGUAUAUUUUAAAGUUAUAUUUUUUAUUGUGAAUUCUAAAUUGCUUAUACAUUUUUUGUACAAAAUGGAAACCAAAGUAGCAGUUGUUACUGGUAGUAAUAAAGGUAUAGGGUUUGAGAUCGUAAAAGGGUUAUGCCAAAAGUUUAAUGGUUCUGUAUAUCUAACUGCUAGAAAUGAAGAACGAGGCAGAAAAGCGGUGCAAAAACUAGAAAAGUUAGGUCUCCGACCUUUAUUUCAUACGUUAGAUGUUACAAGCGAAUCUAGCAUAGAGGAAUUUGCUAAAUUUAUUUCUACACGUCAUUCCGGCAUUGAUGUGCUCGUAAACAAUGCCGGUAUUUUAGAUUUUGAUAAGCCUGUGCCAACUUGUGAAGAAGCUAAGAAGCUUAUGGAUACAAAUUUCUACAGUCUUCUUACAAUUUCUAAGAUACUUUAUCCACUUCUUAAAAAUGAUGCUCGAAUUAUUAAUAUGAGCAGUGACUGGGGCUUGUUAUCGAAUAUCAGAAGACAAACGUGGCUAGAUAUUCUUGCAAAGGAUGACCUCACCACAGAUGAGAUAUUGCAGUUUGUUGAUGACUUCUUGCAGAAUGUUAAAAAUGGUAAAACUGCAUUUGUUUCUUUUGCCGGGCACAAUGGUGACUAUAAAGUUUCCAAGGUUGCUCUGUCGGCUCUUACUUUUGUACAGCAAAAACAGUUUAUUAAACAAGGGAAAGAUAUAUCUAUCAACUGUGUCCACCCUGGCUUUGUUAAAACAGAUAUGACAAAAGGAAUGGGUGAUUUCACUCCCGAGCGUGGAGCCCGAGCUCCUCUGUAUCUAGCACUGGAAGCACCACAAUCUCUUAAAGGCACAUUUGUGUGGCAUGAUUGUCAUCAAGUGAACUGGGAUGAUUAGUUAUAAAAAAAAGUUAAUAUUGUUUUAAUUCUGUGAUAAUAGUGUCACAUACACUUAAACUUUAAUAUAUGUUUUUUUAGUAA